AUGUUGUUUGGUUUCAGUAGUUUAUCUUGUUCUGCGCUUGGUUUGCUUGGGUGUGAAGCUUUAAUGGGUUUAAUCCUCCAAUCUGUCUCUAUAGCAGCCGCCGUUCGUGUUUCGUUUUGCUUCUGGGACUUUCACUUGGUUUGGGUUCCCCUCUGUUUCGAUCCUUCCCGUUCGUCUGGUGGGUUCCUUGUUGUUGCUUUCCUUUCUGUUCGAGAGCUCAUCUCUUCUCUGGUGCUUCUAUCGAGGCGAGUCUCCGUCGUUUCCGACAUCGCCGUAUCCGGGAGUCAGUUCUGUGGCCGGGUUAUGAAGACAGUGUUAUGUCUUUUCCUCUCCGGUUGUUUGGAGCGUAGUUUCCCUCUCUUGGGCUUGUCUUCCGGGGAUUUUCUGGUAUCCGCCGGCUCUGUGGUUUGGUUGACGUUCUAA